AUGGUACCAACAGAUAGACUGGCGGCCGGCUGGGCGUACGCCUGCGAAAGUGCCUUCUCCCCCUCGGGUGAGUCAGUGCGCUAUUCUAGCCUCCCUGCUUCCCCUCUUGGCGAAGCACAGGCAUUCCAUUCAUCACUAAGCACAUCUCCGGCAGGGAGCCGGGCGGAGCGGCUUCCUGCCAGGCCUGGUUUUGGUAGAGUUUCCCUAGUCAGAUCCAAUCUGCUUAAGGACCAGAAACCAUACAGACGUCACAUUAAAAAAGUAUUAAUUUUGCUAAUUGCAUUGACAUUCCUAUUGUCAGCUAUUGUGUACAUCUCUGAUGUCUCUGGCAUGCUGGCUAUGACGCCUAACACUUUAUAUAAAAAGGUGGUAAAUAAGAUACAGUCAUAUUAUGUAGUAAUCGAGUUUCCCCGGGACAAUCAAGUUCAACAAACGACUACUACACAAACAAUUACUGUCGCUGUAACUAAUAACAUUACCUCAGAACAUUAUCAUGUAGCUCAUCCACACAACUAUCAAUUCAUCCUAGAUGAAUCUGAUAAAUGUCUCAAGCAGAACCCAUUUCUGGUUUUGAUGGUGCCGGUGGCCCCCCAACAACUGGAGGCUAGGAAAGCCAUCCGGAGCACGUGGGGGACGGAGACCAACGUCCAGGGAAAAUCGGUAAUGACUCUGUUCGUAGUGGGUUUGCCCGGUGGAGCUGAAAGUAAUAAAACACAACAAAUGUUAAAUGAAGAAAGCCGACAACAUGGAGACCUACUGCAAAGCAACUUUACAGACACGUACGUCAACCUGACCAUCAAGACGAUGGUGAUCAUGGACUGGUUGGCCACACGCUGCCCUCAAGCGUCUUAUGGCAUGAAGGUCGAUUCUGACAUGUUCUUAAACCUUGAGAAUUUAAUGACCCUUCUGUUGGACCCCAAAACACCUAAACAGAACUACAUCACAGGCAUGGUGAUGUGGAACAUACCUGUCAUCAGAAACAAAGACUCAAAAUGGUACAUACCAGUGGAUCUUUACCCAGAAACAAACUACCCUGUAUACCUGCUGGGGAUGGGAUAUGUUUUCUCCAAUGAUCUUCCCCCAAAAAUAGUUGAGGCUUCCAAGGACAUAAAGCCCUUCAACAUCGAAGACGCAUAUGUGGGUGCUUGUUUAAAGCGGUUAGGAAUUAAACCCUCAAGUCCCCCAGAUCCUUCUCAAUUCAGAUCGUUUAUGAGCAAGUACAAACGUGAGGAGUUUCUCAGGGUCAUUACAACAAUCCUGAGUUCUCCUAAGCAGUUAAUUGAAUUCUGGAAGGAUGUUAAGAGGUCUGUAUGA